AUGGAGAAGAUGAUAAUGAUAUUGGUUGUGUUUGUUCUUGGCAUGGGCUCCUGGUCUUGCUCAGGAUUCCCGGUGUAUGACUAUGAUCCUUCCACCUUGAGGGAAGUCCUUGGCGCUUCCGUGGCAAAAGUGAAUUCCCAGGCCCUAAGUCCAUACCUGUUUCGGGCGUUCAGAAGCUCACUAAAAAGGGUCAAUAUUGUGGAUGGGGACAGCUUGAACAUGGACAUAGAAUUCAGUAUACGAGAAACUGUAUGCAGGAGAGAUUCCGGAGAAGAUCCCUCUACCUGUGACUUCCAAAGGGACCUCUAUUCGCCAGCGGCCGUCUGCAGAAGCUCGGCGCGGGUGUCCGCACAGCAGGUGCAGGACGUCUGGGUUCACUGCCGCUGGUCCUCCAGCUCCGAGUCUAGCAGCAGCGAAGAGUUGAUUUUUGAGGACAUGUUGAGAUCCUAUAGAUGGAGAAACAAUUAUCCACAAGGGCUCAUUCCUGAUGGACCCAGAAAUGAACAAUUUCAUGAAAGGUCACCAGAGACCACAAGAAGGUUCUCUCCUCCUGGAAACAGAAGGCAGCCAGCCCCCCAGUAUAGAGAAAGGACUUAUGCUGACUUUGAGUAA